AUGGCCUCCUCGUCGUCCCUCGUCGCGGCGCCCUCCCUUUCAAAGCUCUCCCUCAGCUCCGACUCAGGCUCUUCCCAAGCAAACCACAUAGAUCUCACUCUUGAUGACGACGACGCCUAUCACGAUCCUUACGGCCAGGAACGAUAUGCCAAACGCCCUCGAAUCGAGCGCACCGACUCAAUGCAGUCCUCAGCCAUAUCUUUUCCGCCCGCAAACAACUUUCGAUCUUCACCUAUGAACCAUGGCGGAUUUGACUCUUCAAACGCUCAUUCUGGCUAUGCGGCUGAACCCAAUGGCAACCGCGUUGCACAGAGUUCUUCCCAUAUUUCUCCCAAUAGUUCCCCUUUCUAUCAACCAUACACACCGAUGUCUGCUACACCUGCUGUGUCUCAAUUUUACGCAGCACAACAGCGCCAAGAGGCUCACAAUCCUGUUCGCAACUCAAUGUCUAUGCCAGCUAUACCGUCUGCGUUAUCACCUAGGCCUCUCGCUCCAGCCGCUUCAGAUCCUCAAGUAAUAGAUUUGACCAAUUCGCCCUCCCCUCCGCCCUCUCAUCCCCUUCAUGCGAAUACACCACUACCCGACGAUCUCUCUCCAAAGACACCCGUAUGUAUCGGCCAAGUCCAUGCAAAUGCUCUUGUCUUGUCUCCCAUUGCCUACGUAAUUGCGCCCAAUGGGCAAGAUAAUGAAUGGGCGAGCGUCAGACUCCGUUAUGAACCCCCCAGCCCGGAUAAGAGGGAGACAAUCCAAAUCAGGACGCUAGAUGUGAAAGCAGCGAACGGUGAGCUGCUCCCGGGCGAGAUGUUUGGCGUGGUAGAGCAGAAGGCCACCUGUGUCGUUGGACCCAUGCUUUACAAAGGCCUGAUCCGAAUCGAAGCACAAGUGCGCAAGGUUGCACGACCGCUUCCCAUCCUCCCCCUUCAGAUGCUCGUCUAUACGCCAAAGGGAAAUAUACCCCAUGUCGCGAAAUUCUUCGCGGACUGCAGGCUUAUGUUAGAUCAUCCCAGUCCUUCAUUCGAUCUCCUGCGCGUUUCUAAAUACCCUUACUUCAACCCACAUAACCCACCUCCUGGAGGAUUCAAUCAAGCAUUUCUUAAUAAACUAGGCUACGGUUCUGUCAAUAAUGUUGGCCGAUGGGGGUCGCCAUCGGUGGCGGCAAAGAGUGUUGAGGUUCAACGGAGUCAGGUGGAGGAGCUGUUUAAAAGUAUGAAGGACGGCGACGAGCUUGUGGAGACGGAUGCCACUUCGGACGUCGCUACUAAACUCUAUCCUCACCAGAAGAAGGCCCUUACCUUCUUACUAGACCGUGAACACGAGAAACCUGCAGGCGAUAAGUUUGCCUCUCUCUGGAAGAAAGAAAUGGAUCCCAUGUCAGGUCAUCUCGUAUGGGUCCACGUAGUGACUAAGGAACAAGUCUACCAAGAGCCCAAGGAAAGUAAGGGAUCGAUAUUGGCAGACGAUAUGGGGCUUGGUAAGACCAUUACGUGCGUCUCUCUUAUUGCGGCCACUCUUUCCGCGUCCAGGGCUUUCGCAGCCGAGCCCCUAACACCUGUCGCCCCUCCAUCCGGUCACAUGGACCCCGAUGCGUCCGAAUUUGCAGGAUCCGUUUGGGGCAUGCCUGAGAAUAACGGCGCAAGUUCUAGCAAAGCCCAAGCGAAGGCCGCGCGGAAUCAGGAGAAAAUGGAUUCGGAAUACGCUAGAGCAUGCCGAAUCAAGGUGCGCAGCCGGGCGACGCUAAUCCUCUGCCCCUUGUCAACUGUGUCAAACUGGGAGGAUCAGUUUAAGGAUCAUUGGAAAGGCGAUGUUACAAUAGUUGGGGGCUCCUCUGGUUGUGCCCCUCCUCCUUUACCCUCCGCUUCCUCAGGCUCUUCGACGCCCUCGCAGAGUACACUGCAGUUCGGUCAAAACGAAUCCAAGGCCCAGGGCCGCUCCGGGACGUCCCUGCGGGUGUAUAUUUAUCACGGUAACGCACGACGCCCAGACCCCGCCUUCUUGUCCGAUUUUGAUGCAGUGAUCACCACCUACGCCACUCUAGCUUCAGAAUACUCAAAGCAAAGUAAAAGUCUAGCUAACGUGGACGCUGAGGAUGAAGAUGAAGAUGGCCCAAGUAGUGAUUGCGGGGGCGUCGACGUCGACGACAAUGGAAAUCAAAUACUGAGGUUGCCGAAGCCCAGGAAGUCAGGUUUGAAACGCAAGAAGAGGUGCACGGCAAACGCCACGGAAACCAGUAGUGCCCUCCAAAGUGUUCAUUGGUUCAGGGUGGUCCUCGACGAGGCUCACUGUAUCAAGGAAACAUCCACAGUUGGAAGCAGAGCCUCGUGCGAUCUUGUUGCGGACAGAAGGCUGUGCCUUACUGGUACCCCAGUCCAAAACAAAUUGGACGACGUGUUUGCCUUAAUCAAGUUCCUGCGUCUUACGCCGUUUGACGACAAGACGGCAUGGACGCAGUACAUUGGCGGACCGGCGAAAUUUGGCCAACCGCUUGGUAUUGCCCGUCUGCAGACCAUCAUGAAGUUCAUCACCCUUCGACGCACCAAAGAGACUCGCACCCCCGACGGGCAAAAAGUGCUCUCCCUGCCACCGAGACGAGACGAGCUGCGGUACCUCAGAUUUGACGAACAGGAGAAGGCCAUCUACGACCAGUUCUUCCAUCAAUCUCAAGCCGAAUUCCAAGAGAUGACGGAUAAAAACGAAGUCAUGAAGAACUACGUGGGUAUCCUGCAAAGAAUCCUUCGGCUUCGUCAAAUAUGCGAUCACCUCGAGCUCGUGCAGAACAAAUCAUCCGACAGUUCUGCGUCCUACGAAGACAUCGUUGCUGCGAUCAGCAAGGAAGGCAUCAACCCGGCGCGCGCCGCUGCCAUCUUCUCUAUGCUCAGAGACUCCGCAACGGCUCAAUGUGUAGAGUGCGGCACAGAGCUGUGCUCAGCGACCGAUCUAGCCCAGGCUGAAACAGCCGAAGCUGAGAAUGGAAGCACCGUCAAGAGAGGUAGGAAACCAAAGGGCGCCCAGUCCCGCGUCCCUACAAGACAAAACAGUCCAACGAAUCCACAGCCCGUCCUCUCUCGGUGCUUGCAUCUAUUCUGCAUUGAAUGUUACCGUAACUCUAUUUGUCCUGGCUGGCCCAAUGUACCACCACAGACCACUCGCUCAUGCUCAGCUUGCCAAACGAGCUUAAAUCCCCAGGACGCCGUGGAAAUCAAUCCCGAUUCCCUGAAUAUCGAUGCGCCAUCCGCGUCUACAAAGAAGAGGUCCACGAAGCGGGAGAAACGACAGAAGGCAACACUGGAGUCUUUCCAUCCGUCUACGAAAAUCAAGGCGCUUAUGCAGGAUUUGUUGGGCUUCUCUCGGGCGAAUCCGAACUCAGCAAAUUACGACCCUUCAUCCAUCGAAGUUCAGAUGAUUGAUCAGCAAGGCAAUUGUGUUGACGAAGGCGCCAUUAAGACAGUUGUUUUCUCCCAGUGGACAAGUAUGCUCGAUAAGAUCGAGGACGCUCUCGAGAUGGCUGGGAUAAAGUACGAUCGGCUGGACGGUACCAUGAAGCGAGAAGACAGGUCUCGCGCCAUGGAUGCGUUGAAGUUCGACCCAGCUUGUGAAGUCCUCCUGGUCAGUCUCAAAGCGGGAGGUGUUGGCCUCAACUUGACCGCCGCUCAACGGGUAUAUCUGAUGGAUCCUUACUGGAACCCUGCUGUAGAGAACCAAGCCGUAGAUCGUAUUCAUCGACUAGGCCAGACGCGACCAGUCACAACCAUAAAGUUCAUCAUUGAGAAUUCAAUCGAAGCCCGAUUACUAGAAGUUCAAGCCAAGAAAACCAGACUAGCCGACGUAACGCUUGGUCAAAAUGGCUUCAGCAAAUCGGAGAUUUUGGCGAGACGAAUGGAAGACCUCACCAAAUUGUUUUCAUAG